AUGGCGUCUAAGCUAACCCCCAAGCUCAUAACAUGGCUAAUCCUUCCUUCGUGCUUGCUCAUCUUCUUCUAUUCCACUGUCCUACCUCUGUACACCACUAAUCGCGUCCUACAAUCGCCGAUUUCUGAAAACCAUAAUUACUCCCAAGAUCAAUGUAACCUCUUCAGAGGGCGAUGGGUUUUCGAUCCGACCCGCAAACCCAUGUACGAUUCGACCUGCCCAUUUCACAGGAACGCUUGGAACUGCAUUCGAAACCAGAGAGAGAAGAUGGGCCGGAUCAAUUCCUGGAAAUGGGUGCCCGAAGGCUGCCACUUGGACCGGAUCGACCCGGUUCGGUUCCUCAGUCGGAUGAGGAAUAGGAAUGUUGGGUUCGUGGGGGACUCGUUGAACGAGAAUUUCCUGGUGUCGUUUUUGUGUGUGCUGAGAGUGGCUGAUGAUGGUGCUAAGAAGUGGAAGAGAAAGGGGGCUUGGAGAGGUGCUUAUUUUCCCAAGUUCAAUGUCACCGUCGCGUAUCAUCGUGCGGUUUUGCUGGCGAAAUAUGAGUGGCAGACUAAACAGGUCGAGUUAUCUGGCCAAGAUGGAGUGAAGGGAAUAUAUCGUGUAGAUGUUGAUGUUCCAGCAAAUGACUGGGUUAAUAUUGCCGAUUUCUAUGAUGUGCUGGUCUUCAACACUGGUCACUGGUGGGGCUAUGAUAAAUUCCCCGAAGAGUCCCCUCUUGUAUUCUUCAAAGACGGGCAACCAAUAAAUCCUUCUUUGGAAUUAUUGGAUGGGCUCAAAGUUGUUCUGGAGCAUAUGGUAGCUCACAUUGAGAGAGUAUUCCCCACAAAGGUACUCAAGUUCUGGCGGCUACAGUCACCGAGGCACUUCCACGGUGGUGAUUGGAAUCAAAAUGGAAGUUGCUUGUUUGAUAACCCACUUGACGAAUCUCAGCUUGAUCUAUGGUUCGACCCGAGUAAUAAUGGAGUGAACAAAGAAGCUAGAAAACUUAAUCAUCUGAUUGAGGAGACACUGAAAGAGACGAGCAUAAGACCUCUCGAUUUGACUCGUUUAAGCGAGUAUAGAGCUGAUGCUCAUCCAGCCAUUUGGCUAGGCAAGAAGGAUGCGGUGGCCGUAUGGGGACAAGAUUGCAUGCAUUGGUGCCUUCCAGGCGUUCCCGACACUUGGGUCGAUAUCUUAACCCAAUUGAUCAGCUACAACUUGGAAAGCAGUUGA